UAUAAAACUGUGAUAAAGUACGGCAAGUUAUGCCGGGCUCUUUACUUCUGCUCGGUGUAAUACUCUAAUUUUGAAAAUUUAAAUCAAUUUUCAGGAAAAUACUAUCAUAUAUUUAAACCAUGUCUGUUGUUCUUGAAACUACUAUUGGGGAUUUAACAAUAGAUUUAUUUACAAAAGAAAGACCUCAUUCUUGCAAAAACUUUCUGAAGCUAUGUAAGUUAAAAUAUUACAACUUUUGUCUCUUUCAUCAUGUACAAUCAAAUUUUGUGGCUCAAACGGGUGAUCCCACAGGUAGUGGAUCUGGAGGACAAUCUGUAUAUGGAAUUUUAUCCGGUGAAGACGCAAGGUACUAUGAAGGAGAAAAAAAACCAAAAAUCAAACAUGAUAGACCUGGACUUGUUUCAAUGGUCAAUUGUGGUGAUAAUUUAAUUGGAUCCCAAUUCUUUAUAACUUUAGGUGAGGAUACAACUUGUUCAUUAGAUGAACAUAUUGUUUUUGGGGAAAUAGCUGAAGGUCAUGAUGUAUUAUUAAAAUUGAAUGAAACGAUUUGUGAUGCUACUCAUCGACCAUAUCAGGAUAUAAGAAUAACACAUACAGUCAUCUUGGAAGAUCCAUAUUCUGAUCCUGAUGGUUUAAUUGUACCAUGUCAAUCUCCUGAACCACCAUUAGAAGUACUCCAGAGCGAUAGAAUUGGAGCAGAUGAAGACAUCACUGAAGAUAUAGACAUUGAAGAAUUAGAAGAAAAACGACUAGAAAAGGAAGCUUUAGCUCGUGCUACUAUUCUUGAAAUAGUUGGUGAUUUACCUUCUGCUGAUAUCGCACCUCCUGAAAAUGUUUUAUUUGUGUGUAAACUAAAUCCGGUCACUAGUGAUGAUGAUUUACAAAUAAUAUUUAGCAGAUUUGGUAAAAUUGUUAGUUGUGAAGUUAUUAGAGAUAAAAAGUCCGGGAAUUCUCUACAAUAUGCUUUUGUUGAAUUUGAUAAUCAAAAAUCAUGUGAAGAUGCUUAUCUAAAAAUGGACAAUGUGCUAAUUGACGAUCGUCGAAUUCAUGUAGAUUUCAGCCAAAGUGUAUCAAAAAUUAAAUGGUUAGGCAAAGGACGAGGAGUGAAAUACACUGAUAAGGAUGAUGAAGGAAAAAAUAUAAGUGAUAAAUAUUCUAAGAACAGAAAUAAGAAAAGAGAUAGCUUUGACUCUAGAAAUAAUUACAGUAAAGAUAAAAUGUCAACUCAUGAAUCAAAACAUUAUAGAAAAGAUGAUAAAAACAAUCGAUAUCGAAAAAGUGAAAAAGAAGAUAGGGGACCCUAUAACAAGUAUAGGAGAAUUGAAAAAGAUGAAGAUAGAAGACGUGAUGAUUAUGAUAAAACUAGAAAAAACUACAGAAAUGAAGGAGAUAGAAAAAAUGAUAGAAAAGAAAGAGAUGAAAAAAGAGAAAAGGAUGACAAAAAUAAAAGAAGUUAUAGAAAAGAUAGAGAUAAAAGAAGUGAUAGAGGCGAUAGAACCAAAAGUGAUAGAUAUGAUAGAGGUAGUCGUAGAUAAACAUACUCAUUGAAUAAUGAAUAAAACACUUGUAAAUUACUUUGAAAAUGUAAACAUUAAUAAAUUUUAAUUGUUACAUUUUUAUUGAGAUUGAAUAUACUGGUAUGUACCGAGUCUAAUUCUAUUAACUGUUGAUAGUAAGUAGUAACAAACCAAAAUUCAUUAUCUAUGGUUGGACUUAAAACUUUUACAGAAUCUUAACCCUUCAAGCUCACCUAGCAUUAUGCCAUCAUGCACUCUUCUUGAUAAUUCAUCACGUUAUCUCAAUAAGUGCCAGGACCUACUAAAUUACUAAAUCAGAUGUAAACAAACUUCUGAAGGGUUUCAUCACUGAAUGAUUUUUCUCAUCAUUGUUCAUUUGUUUUUUCGUGUACAUAAUUGUUUAUUUUUAAUAAAGAUAAAAAUAAUAUUACCAUCU